AUGCAGCGCUGGUCUGCGGGGGGGGUCUGCGGGGGUCUGCGGGGAGAGACCACUCGCCGCUCUCACACGCCGCUCUCACACGCCGCUCUCACUCGCCGCUCUCACACGCCGCUCUCACUCGCCGCUCUCACUCGCCGCUCUCACACGCCGCUCUCACUCGCCGCCCUCACACGCCGCUCUCACACGCCGCUCUCACUCGCCGCCCUCACACGCCGCUCUCACUCGCCGCUCUCACUCGCCGCUCUCACUCGCCGCUCUCACACGCCGCUCUCACUCGCACGCUCUCACUCGCCGCUCUCACUCGCCGCUCUCACUCGCCGCUCACACUCGCCGCUCUCACUCGCCGCCCUCACUCGCCGCCCUCACUCGCCGCCCUCACUCGCCGCUCUCACUCGCCGCUCUCACACGCCGCUCUCACUCGCCGCUCUCACUCGCCGCUCUCACUCGCCGCCCUCACACGCCGCUCUCACUCGCCGCUCUCACUCGCCGCUCUCACCUCGCCGCCCUCACUCGCCGCCCUCACUCGCCGCCCUCACACGCCGCUCUCACACGCCGCUCUCACUCGCCGCUCUCACUCGCCGCUCUCACUCGCCGCUCUCACUCGCCGCUCUCACUCGCCGCCCUCACACGCCGCUCUCACUCGCCGCUCUCACUCGCCGCUCUCACUCGCCGCUAUCGCCGCUCUCACACGCCGCUCUCACUCGCCGCCCUCACACGCCGCUCUCACUCGCCGCUCUCACUCGCCGCUCUCACUCGCCGCUCUCACACGCCGCUCUCACUCGCCGCUCUCACACGCCGCUCUCACUCGCCGCUCUCACUCGCCGCUCUCACUCGCCGCCCUCACUCGCCGCCCUCACUCGCCGCCCUCACUCGCCGCUCUCACUCGCCGCUCUCACACGCCGCUCUCACUCGCCGCUCUCACUCGCCGCUCUCACUCGCCGCUCUCACUCGCCGCUCUCACACGCCGCUCUCACUCGCCGCUCUCACUCGCCGCUCUCACUCGCCGCCCUCACUCGCCGCCCUCACACGCCGCUCUCACACGCCGCUCUCACUCGCCGCCCUCACACGCCGCUCUCACUCGCCGCUCUCACUCGCCGCUCUCACUCGCCGCCCUCACUCGCCGCCCUCACUCGCCGCCCUCACACGCCGCUCUCACACGCCGCUCUCACUCGCCGCUCUCACUCGCCGCUCUCACUCGCCGCUCUCACUCGCCGCUCUCACUCGCCGCCCUCACUCGCCGCUCUCACUCGCCGCUCUCACACGCCGCUCUCACUCGCCGCUCUCACUCGCCGCUCUCACUCGCCGCCCUCACACGCCGCUCUCACUCGCCGCUCUCACUCGCCGCUCUCACUCGCCGCCCUCACUCGCCGCCCUCACUCGCCGCCCUCACACGCCGCUCUCACUCGCCGCUCUCACUCGCCGCUCUCACUCGCCGCUCUCACUCGCCGCUCUCACUCGCCGCCCUCACUCGCCGCUCUCACUCGCCGCCCUCACACGCCGCCCUCACUCGCCGCUCUCACACGCCGCCCUCACACGCCGCUCUCACUCGCCGCCCUCACACGCCGCUCUCACUCGCCGCUCUCACUCGCCGCUCUCACACGCCGCUCUCACUCGCCGCCCUCACUCGCCGCUCUCACUCGCCGCUCUCACUCGCCGCUCUCACUCGCCGCUCUCACUCGCCGCUCUCACUCGCCGCCCUCACACGCCGCCCUCACACGCCGCUCUCACUCGCCGCUCUCACUCGCCGCUCUCACACGCCGCUCUCACUCGCCGCCCUCACUCGCCGCUCUCACUCGCCGCUCUCACACGCCGCCCUCACUCGCCGCUCUCACUCGCCGCUCUCACUCGCCGCUCUCACACGCCGCUCUCACACGCCGCCCUCACUCGCCGCUCUCACUCGCCGCUCUCACUCGCCGCUCUCACUCGCCGCUCUCACUCGCCGCUCUCACUCGCCGCUCUCACUUGCCGCUCUCACUUGCCGCUCUCACACGCCGCUCUCACACGCCGCUCUCACUCGCCGCUCUCACUCGCCGCUCUCACUCGCCGCUCUCACACGCCGCUCUCACUCGCCGCUCUCACUCGCCGCUCUCACUCGCCGCUCUCACUCGCCGCUCUCACUCGCCGCCCUCACUCGCCGCUCUCACUCGCCGCCCUCACUCGCCGCUCUCACACGCCGCUCUCACUCGCCGCUCUCACUUGCCGCUCUCACUCGCCGCCCUCACUCGCCGCCCUCACACGCCGCCCUCACUCGCCGCCCUCACACGCCGCUCUCACACGCCGCCCUCACUCGCCGCUCUCACUCGCCGCUCUCACACUCGCCGCCCUCACUCGCCGCUCUCACUCGCCGCUCUCACUCGCCGCCCUCACUCGCCGCCCUCACACGCCGCCCUCACUCGCCGCCCUCACACGCCGCUCUCACACGCCGCCCUCACUCGCCGCUCUCACUCGCCGCUCUCACUCGCCGCCCUCACUCGCCGCCCUCACUCGCCGCCCUCACACGCCGCUCUCACUCGCCGCUCUCACUCGCCGCUCUCACUCGCCGCCCUCACUCGCCGCUCUCACUCGCCGCUCUCACUCGCCGCUCUCACUCGCCGCUCUCACUCGCCGCUCUCACUCGCCGCCCUCACUCGCCGCCCUCACUCGCCGCUCUCACUCGCCGCUCUCACUCGCCGCUCUCACUCGCCGCUCUCACUUGCCGCUCUCACACGCCGCUCUCACACGCCGCCCUCACUCGCCGCUCUCACUCGCCGCCACUCACUCGCCGCUCUCACACGCCGCUCUCACUCGCCGCCCUCACACGCCGCUCUCACUCGCCGCUCUCACUCGCCGCUCUCACACGCCGCUCUCACUCGCCGCUCUCACUCGCCGCCCUCACUCGCCGCUCUCACUCGCCGCUCUCACUCGCCGCUCUCACACGCCGCUCUCACUCGCCGCCCUCACUCGCCGCCCUCACUCGCCGCCCUCACUCGCCGCUCUCACACGCCGCUCUCACUCGCCGCCCUCACUCGCCGCUCUCACUCGCCGCUCUCACUCGCCGCUCUCACUCGCCGCCCUCACUCGCCGCCCUCACACGCCGCUCUCACUCGCCGCUCUCACUCGCCGCUCUCACACGCCGCUCUCACUCGCCGCUCUCACUCGCCGCUCUCACUCGCCGCUCUCACUCGCCGCUCUCACUCGCCGCCCUCACUCGCCGCCCUCACUCGCCGCUCUCACUCGCCGCCCUCACUCGCCGCUCUCACUCGCCGCUCUCACUCGCCGCCCUCACUCGCCGCUCUCACUCGCCGCUCUCACUCGCCGCUCUCACACGCCGCUCUCACUCGCCGCCCUCACUCGCCGCCCUCACUCGCCGCCCUCACUCGCCGCUCUCACACGCCGCUCUCACUCGCCGCCCUCACUCGCCGCUCUCACUCGCCGCUCUCACUCGCCGCUCUCACUCGCCGCCUCACUCGCCGCCCUCACUCGCCGCCCUCACACGCCGCUCUCACUCGCCGCUCUCACUCGCCGCUCUCACACGCCGCUCUCACUCGCCGCUCUCACUCGCCGCUCUCACUCGCCGCUCUCACUCGCCGCUCUCACUCGCCGCCACUCACUCGCCGCCCUCACUCGCCGCUCUCACUCGCCGCCCUCACUCGCCGCUCUCACUCGCCGCUCUCACUCGCCGCUCUCACUCGCCGCUCUCACUCGCCGCCCUCACUCGCCGCUCUCACUCGCCGCUCUCACUCGCCGCCUCACUCGCCGCCUCACUCGCCGCCCUCACUCGCCGCCCUCACACGCCGCUCUCACUCGCCGCCCUCACUCGCCGCUCUCACUUGCCGCUCUCACUUGCCGCUCUCACUCGCCGCCCUCACACGCCGCUCUCACUCGCCGCACUCACUCGCCGCUCUCACACGCCGCCCUCACACGCCGCCCUCACACGCCGCUCUCACACGCCGCCCUCACACGCCGCCCUCACACGCCGCUCCACUCGCCGCUCUCACUCGCCGCUCUCACACGCCGCUCUCACUCGCCGCUCUCACUCGCCGCCCUCACUUGCCGCUCUCACUCGCCGCCCUCACACGCCGCUCUCACUCGCCGCCCUCACUCGCCGCUCUCACUCGCCGCCCUCACUCGCCGCUCUCACUCGCCGCUCUCACUCGCCGCCCUCACUCGCCGCUCUCACUCGCCGCUCUCACUCGCCGCUCUCACUCGCCGCUCUCACUCGCCGCUCUCACUCGCCGCCCUCACUCGCCGCUCUCACUCGCCGCUCUCACUCGCCGCUCUCACUCGCCGCUCUCACUCGCCGCUCUCACUCGCUCCACUCUCACUCGCCGCCCUCACACGCCGCCCUCACACGCCGCUCUCACUCGCCGCUCUCACUCGCCGCUCUCACACGCCGCUCUCACUCGCCGCCCUCACUCGCCGCUCUCACACACCGCCCUCACACGCCGCCCUCACUCGCCGCUCUCACUCGCCGCCCUCACACGCCGCUCUCACUCGCCGCCCUCACUCGCCGCUCUCACACGCCGCCCUCACUCGCCGCUCUCACUCGCCGCUCUCACACGCCGCCCUCACUCGCCGCCCUCACUCGCCGCUCUCACUCGCCGCCCUCACACGCCGCCCUCACUCGCCGCUCUCACACGCCACCCUCACACGCCGCCCUCACUCGCCGCUCUCACUCGCCGCCCUCACACGCCGCUCUCACUCGCCGCUCUCACUCGCCGCUCUCACUCGCCGCUCUCACUCGCCGCUCUCACUCGCCGCCCUCACACGCCGCCCUCACACGCCGCUCUCACUCGCCGCUCUCACUCGCCGCUCUCACACGCCGCCCUCACUCGCCGCUCUCACACGCCGCCCUCACUCGCCGCUCUCACUCGCCGCUCUCACACGCCGCCCUCACUCGCCGCCCUCACUCGCCGCUCUCACUCGCCGCCCUCACACGCCGCCCUCACUCGCCGCUCUCACACGCCACCCUCACACGCCGCCCUCACUCGCCGCUCUCACUCGCCGCCCUCACACGCCGCUCUCACUCGCCGCUCUCACUCGCCGCUCUCACUCGCCGCUCUCACUCGCCGCUCUCACUCGCCGCCCUCACACGCCGCCCUCACACGCCGCUCUCACUCGCCGCUCUCACUCGCCGCUCUCACACGCCGCUCUCACUCGCCGCCCUCACUCGCCGCUCUCACUCGCCGCUCUCACUCGCCGCUCUCACACGCCGCUCUCACUCGCCGCUCUCACUCGCCGCCCUCACUUGCCGCUCUCACUCGCCGCCCUCACACGCCGCUCUCACUCGCCGCCCUCACUCGCCGCUCUCACUCGCCGCCCUCACUCGCCGCUCUCACUCGCCGCCCUCACACGCCGCUCUCACUCGCCGCUCUCACUCGCCGCUCUCACACGCCGCUCUCACUCGCCGCUCUCACUCGCCGCCCUCACUUGCCGCUCUCACUCGCCGCCCUCACACGCCGCUCUCACUCGCCGCCCUCACUCGCCGCUCUCACUCGCCGCCCUCACUCGCCGCUCUCACUCGCCGCUCUCACUCGCCGCCCUCACUCGCCGCUCUCACUCGCCGCUCUCACUCGCCGCUCUCACUCGCCGCUCUCACUCGCCGCCCUCACUCGCCGCUCUCACUCGCCGCUCUCACUCGCCGCUCUCACUCGCCGCUCUCACUCGCCGCUCUCACUCGCCGCCCUCACACGCCGCCCUCACACGCCGCUCUCACUCGCCGCUCUCACUCGCCGCUCUCACACGCCGCUCUCACUCGCCGCCCUCACUCGCCGCUCUCACACACCGCCCUCACACGCCGCCCUCACUCGCCGCUCUCACUCGCCGCCCUCACACGCCGCUCUCACUCGCCGCCCUCACUCGCCGCUCUCACACGCCGCCCUCACUCGCCGCUCUCACUCGCCGCUCUCACACGCCGCCCUCACUCGCCGCCCUCACUCGCCGCUCUCACUCGCCGCCCUCACACGCCGCCCUCACUCGCCGCUCUCACACGCCACCCUCACACGCCGCCCUCACUCGCCGCUCUCACUCGCCGCCCUCACACGCCACCCUCACACGCCGCCCUCACACGCCGCUCUCACUCGCCGCCCUCACACGCCGCCCUCACACGCCGCUCUCACUCGCCGCUCUCACUCGCCGCUCUCACACGCCGCUCUCACUCGCCGCCCUCACUCGCCGCUCUCACUCGCCGCUCUCACUCGCCGCUCUCACUCGCCGCUCUCACUCGCCGCCCUCACUCGCCGCUCUCACACACCGCCCUCACACGCCGCCCUCACUCGCCGCUCUCACUCGCCGCCCUCACACGCCGCUCUCACUCGCCGCCCUCACUCGCCGCUCUCACACGCCGCCCUCACUCGCCGCUCUCACUCGCCGCUCUCACACGCCGCCCUCACUCGCCGCCCUCACUCGCCGCCCUCACUCGCCGCCCUCACACGCCGCCCUCACUCGCCGCUCUCACACGCCACCCUCACACGCCGCCCUCACUCGCCGCUCUCACUCGCCGCCCUCACACGCCGCUCUCACUCGCCGCUCUCACUCGCCGCUCUCACUCGCCGCUCUCACUCGCCGCUCUCACACGCCGCCCUCACACGCCGCCCUCACACGCCGCUCUCACUCGCCGCUCUCACUCGCCGCUCUCACACGCCGCUCUCACUCGCCGCCCUCACUCGCCGCUCUCACUCGCCGCUCUCACUCGCCGCUCUCACUCGCCGCUCUCACUUGCCGCUCUCACACGCCGCUCUCACACGCCGCUCUCACUCGCCGCUCUCACUCGCCGCUCUCACUCGCCGCUCUCACUCGCCGCUCUCACUCGCCGCCCUCACUCGCCGCCCUCACCGCCCUCACCGCCGCUCUCACUCGCCGCCCUCACUCACCGCCGCUCUCACACGCCGCUCUCACUCGCCGCUCUCACUCGCCGCUCUCACCCGCCGCCCUCACUCGCCGCCCUCACACGCCGCCCUCACUCGCCGCCCUCACACGCCGCUCUCACACGCCGCCCUCACUCGCCGCUCUCACUCGCCGCCCUCACUCGCCGCUCUCACUCGCCGCUCUCACUCGCCGCCCUCACACGCCGCUCUCACUCGCCGCCCUCACUCGCCGCCCUCACUCGCCGCUCUCACUCGCCGCCCUCACUCGCCGCCCUCACUCGCCGCUCUCACACGCCGCCCUCACUCGCCGCCCUCACUCGCCGCUCUCACUCGCCGCUCUCACCGCCGCUCUCACACGCCGCUCUCACUCGCCGCCCUCACUCGCCGCCCUCACACGCCGCUCUCACUCGCCGCUCUCACACGCCGCUCUCACUCGCCGCCCUCACUCGCCGCCCUCACACGCCGCUCUCACUCGCCGCCCUCACACGCCGCUCUCACACGCCGCUCUCACUCGCCGCCCUCACUCGCCGCCCUCACACGCCGCUCUCACUCGCCGCCCUCACACGCCGCUCUCACACGCCGCUCUCACUCGCCGCCCUCACUCGCCGCUCUCACUCGCCGCUCUCACACGCCGCUCUCACUCGCCGCUCUCACUCGCCGCUCUCACACACACGCCGCUCUCACACGCCGCUCUCACUCGCCGCUCUCACUCGCCGCUCUCACUCGCCGCUCUCACUCGCCGCUCUCACUCGCCGCUCUCACACGCCGCUCUCACACGCCGCUCUCACUCGCUCUCACUCUCACUCGCCGCUCUCACACGCCGCUCUCACUCGCCGCCCCCCUCACUCGCCGCUCUCACUCGCCGCUCUCACUCGCCGCCCUCACUCGCCGCCCUCACACGCCGCCCUCACACGCCGCUCUCACUCGCCGCCCUCACUCGCCGCCCCACCGCGCUCACACGCCGCUCUCACUCGCCGCUCUCACUCGCCGCUCUCACACGCCGCUCUCACACGCCGCUCUCACACGCCGCUCUCACUCGCCGCUCUCACUCGCCGCUCUCACACGCCGCUCUCACUCGCCGCUCUCACUCGCCGCUCUCACUCGCCGCCCUCACACGCCGCCUCACACGCCGCUCUCACACGCCGCUCUCACACGCCGCUCUCACACCCGCUCUCACACGCCGCUCUCACACGCCGCUCUCACACGCCGCUCUCACACGCCGCCCUCACACGCCGCUCUCACACGCCGCUCUCACACGCCGCUCUCACACGCCGCUCUCACACGCCGCUCUCACACGCCGCUCUCACUCGCCGCCGCUCACACGCCGCUCUCACACGCCGCUCUCACACGCCGCUCUCACUCGCCGCUCUCACUCGCCGCUCUCACACGCCGCUCUCACUCGCCGCUCUCACUCGCCGCUCUCACUCGCCGCCCUCACUCGCCGCUCUCACUCGCCGCCCUCACACGCCGCUCUCACACGCCGCUCUCACACGCCGCUCUCACACGCCGCUCUCACACGCCGCUCUCACACGCCGCCCUCACUCGCCGCUCUCACUCGCCGCUCUCACACGCCGCUCUCACUCGCCGCUCUCACUCGCCGCUCUCACACGCCGCUCUCACUCGCCGCUCUCACACGCCGCUCUCACUCGCCGCUCUCACUCGCCGCUCUCACUCGCCGCCCUCACUCGCCGCUCUCACACGCCGCCCUCACUCGCCGCUCUCACUCGCCGCUCUCACACGCCGCUCUCACUCGCCGCUCUCACUCGCCGCUCUCACUCGCCGCUCCAGCCGAUACCGCCGUCCCAUGAGCGCCCGGCUGAAGUGGCCCUUCUCCCGCCGCACUCGUCCUCUUCGCUGUGAGCCAAUCUGGAAGGGAUCAUGGCCCAGUCGUGUGAUUUGGUGA